AGAGACAGCUGGGAGAAGAGGGGGCAGAGAGACAGCCAGAGGGGGAGAGACAUCUGGGACAAUAGGAGAGACAGCCUGGGAGAGAGACAUCUGGGACAAUAGGAGAGACAGCCUGGGAUAGAGACAUCUGGGACAGAAGGAGGGACAUCCUUGGAGAGAGACAUCUGGCACAAUAGAAGAGACAGCUGGGAGAAGAGGGGGCAGAAAGAUAGCCAGAGGAAUAGAGACAUCUGGGACAAUAGGAGAGACAUCCUGGGAUAGAGACAUCUGGGGCAAUAGGAUAGACAUCCUGGGAUAGAGACAUCUGGGAAAAUAAGAGAGACAUCCUGAGAUAGACAUCUGGAGCAAUAGAAGAGACAUCCUGGGAUAGAGACAUCUGGGACAGAAGGAGGGACAUCCUGAGAUAGAGACAUCUGGGACAAGAGAAGAGACUGCAAGGCUGAGACACAGCAGAGAUUGCUACUGAGAUAGAGACAUCUAGGACAAGGCAGAGAGACAGCAGAGACAACCACAAAAAAAGAGACAGCUGAGAGAAGUGGGGACUAAGAGACAGUCAGCGGUAUAGAGAGACCUGGGCGAACAGGAGAGACAGAGGAGAGUGAAGAAGCCAGAGAGACAGCAACCCUGAGAGACCGAGGGAUCAUAGAGAGGUCGAGAGACAUCAGCACUUCCGAGAGACAGGUGGUUCAGACACUAGAGAGGGAAAAUUUGAGUUCAGGGAAACUUCAGAGUCACCAAGAGACAGUCAGAGUUCAGGGAGACUUCAGAGAGACAGUCAGAGUUUAAAGAGACUUCAGAGCUUUAUAGAGACAGUCAGAGGUCAGAGAGACCGUCUGAGUUCACAGAGACUUCAUAGUCACGAGAGACAGUCAGAUUUCAAAGAGACCUGAGAGACUGUCAGAGUUCACAGACUUCACAGGGACAGUCAGAGUUCAGGGAGACUUCAGAGAGACAGUCAGACUUCAGAGAGACAGCGUGAGUGGCAGAGACGCCCAUAGCUGAGAGACCCCUAGUCGCAGAGACAGCCAGAGUGACAGCCUGAGGCCCGGUGGGACAGUCUGAAUCAGGAGCCCCAAACUGCAGCAAUGGCCAGCAGCCCCAGUCCAUUGCCCCUUCUGCCCUCCCUGAGCUGUGUCAUGUGCCACGAUGUGCCCCGUGAGCCCGUCACCAUGUCCUGUGGGCACUGCCUAUGCAGGGGAUGCUUGGAGCGAUCUUGGAGGGGACAAGAGGCUUACCCGUCGUGCCCAAAAUGCCGCCCACCGCCGGUGCAGUCCCCCGAUGGUGGGCAGAGGAGCGUGUGUUCGGAGCACGGGGAGAAGGUUCAGUUUUUCUCCACCCAAGACAGCCGUCUCUUGUGCCCCCGCUGCAGAGGGUCCUCCGAGCCCCUGCCUGGGCAUACACUAAUCCCCAUACAGGAGGCCGUGGGGGGAUACAAGGAGGAGUUGAUGUCGGCGAUUUCCCCUCUGGAGUCGCGCCUGAAGGAGCUGCAGCAGAUGCAGUGUGCCCAGGAGCAGAUGAUCGCCCAGCACCGGGGGAACCUCCUGAACACCAAACACCAUGUCAGUAUGGAGUUUGAGAAGCUUCACCAGUUCCUGCGGGAGAGAGAAGAGAGACUGCUCAGAGACCUGCAGCAAGAAGGAGACCUCAUCCUUUCCGAGAUGGAGGAAAGUCUCAGCAAGAUAAAACAGAACUGUCAGGGGAUCCUACAGACCAUAAGCAGCACCCAACCACGGCUGUACGAGCAGGACCCGGUCUCCUUCCUGACUGAUAUAAAGUCCUGUAUGGAUAUAUGUUACGGAGGAUACAGAGACGGUUUUCCGGCUCACAAUGUGGUGACUCCUCGGGAUUUUGGCUAUGGAGCGGUGAAGGAUCUGAUCCAAUACACGGCCUGGAAGGAUAUGAAGUCCUACAUCAGUCCCGCAUUACCGAAUAUAAUUAUGGAUCCUACUACAGCUCACCUUAACCUAGUCCUCUCCGAAGAUCUGACCGGCGUGCGGUACAGCGACACCAAGCAAUCCUUGCCGGAAAACCCACGCCGCUUCGACUACUGCUGUUGCGUCCUGGGCACCGAGGGCUUCUCCAGCGGUCGCCAUUACUGGGUGAUCGACGUCACCAACAAGACCAAGUGGAACCUCGGUGUGGCCAAGGAGUCUGUUAACCGGCGAGGUGGGAUCACUUUGUCUCCUGAGAACGGCUUCUGGAUCCUGUGGCUGAGGAACGGGCAUGAAUUCAAAGCCUUGGACGUCCCGUACCGGGCCCUAACCUUGAGAAGCAAACCACAACGAGUUGGGAUAUACCUAGACUACGAGGGCGGCGUGCUCUCCUUCUACAAUGCCGAUGACAUGACUCACAUCUACACCUUCGUCACCUCCUUCUCCGAGAACAUCUACCCGUAUUUUUGCCCAUGCCUCAAUGAUUCCGGGAAGAACGGAGGUCCGCUGAAGGUCCUUCACCACGUACCAUGACGUGGAGUCAAGGUUCGGAAACAAGGGAUCAAUCUCGUGAACCAUUCCAUCGCUAAUCAGUGUCCUUUGACAAAUAAUCAUUAUUAGGAACAGGUUCUUAAUCUCCAAGUAUCUUCACGCUCUCAUCCUCUUCCUCUGCUGGCACAUAAUGGUCUUCUAUCGGUGUGUUCAUCAAGGAACUUUCCUCCAUUAACUUGGUUUUCCUGACUUGCCUCUAUAUACUACACUGUACGCUUCCAGCUUUUUUGGAACGCUGCUCUUGAUUGGUUUGUUGUAAGGUCCUUCCUACUUUUCUGAUGCCUCACAAGCUCCGCCUCACUUUUCUGAUGUGUCACAAGCAACUCCUCUUUUUUUCUAAUAUGUUCAGAAGCUCCUCCCACUCAUAGGGUUGCCUCAUAAGCCCCUCCUACUGUUUUUUCACAUGGGGCUCUUCUGUUCUUGAAGGUGGAAAUCCCAUCAUGCUUGAGGAACUGGACUCUCCGCGUAUGCUCCAGGGGCGGACUGACAACUCAUGGGGCCCCCGGGCAAUAGGAGAUUAUGGGGCCCCCGGGCAAUGGGAGAUUAU